UAUUCUGAGACGUGUUCACCAUGUUUGAUUUUGUAAACACUUCCUCCGUGCCGCAAGAGGAGGAGGACAUGGAGCUCGAUGUGGAGAGCCUGGGUGCUCGAAAAAGCCUGGCGGGAUGGUUGGGCUCCAUUGCUGUCUUGGGUUUCUGCGGGAACUCCCUCGUCGUUCUCUCCGUCAUCCUGUACCCGAAGCUGCGUACGAUCACCAAUGUAUACAUCACCAGCCUUGCAUGUAGCGAUAUCCUCUUGAGUUCAACCAUACCCUGGAUCAUCGUUGGGUUGGUAUCUACCCGGGGUUGGCCGCUACCGAAUGAGACCUGUAUCUUGGUGGCUGUACUGCGGUUCACCUGCAGCGGUAGCAGCGUGUGGCAUCUUGUUGCUAUUGGUUUCAACCGCAUGUUUCUCAUCACCACUUCAAAUGCAACGUAUACAAAGAUAUACAGCCGUGUUAACACAGGCAUCAUUCUCUUCUUCACCUGGCUGAUCCCUUUCUCUGUCAUCAUCUUGCCUUACGCUAUCGGUGCAACGGAUCUGGGCUAUGAUAAUGGACCUCAUCUCUGCAGUGAUCUGGAGGAUAGGCCAGACGGAACGGAGAACCUCAUACACACCUAUUUGGCUGGCACUUUCUUAACUGCUGUACCAUUGUUCAUCGUAUUAUGCGUAUACCUACGCAUCUACAUACAUAUUAAACUGCACGUGAGGAAGCAAAAUGCAUGGUCCUCUGAGCAGCAGCAACAGCAGAAGGAUACUGCGGUAGCCACCGUUAGUUCGACCGUGCAAGGCGCGGGAUCAAGCGACAAGGAAAGCGGUAACAACAAGGAAAGUGGUGGUGGGAGCAACGCAGAUGGUACUGAAGGCCAAGGCAACUCAGCAAAUGAAAAGAACACACGGAAUCCCACCGCUGCCGCCAAAAAGCCACCAGCUAAGAAAGGCAACGAUCUGGAGACCCGCAUCACCAAGAACACAUUCUACGUUGUCAUUGGGUUCAUCGUGUGUAUUGUCCCAUACGGCUUCAACGUUCUCACCAAAAUCGGGCCUGACGGUACACCUUUAGGUCAAGCUUUCCUCCUGUUCAACAUAUGCAUGAACCCGAUAAUCUACGGCACCAAGCAUCCGCAUUUCAGGGCCGCCAUCAGAAAUAUCUUCACGGGACGAGUUUCGGGUCCACUCGUCACGUCUAAUACAGUUGCGCCUGUCAGCCACACUCAAGGGACCACUUGAUUAUCCACUUAAGGCAUUUCUAUUUGUGUCUUGUCGUGCCCAACGUCUGACCAUAAGCCAGUACACCAUUACAAAAAAAAAAAUCGAAGUUUUAAAUGGGCCGAGGUGUGACCAUUCUUUCAAACGUUCAUGGCAUUUAUUAUGUUAAAUGAACCCCUAAAAAAUGCUAGAUCCGGCAAUAUAAAGGUUGAAUCUAAUAUGUGCAAGGUGUUUAUUUUUCAUUUUGAAAGUGCUGUCACUCCUCGACCCUUUUUUUAAUGCUCGUUUAACAUUUGUAUAAUAUACUUGCACUUUCUAUAAUGUAAAUUUACAUGUGUGGACCUUCUAAGCGCCAUUUGCUCAUAAUUUCAAAGUAUAUUUUAAAAGCUUAUCUGAAAUGUUCAAACGUUCAUGGCAUUAAUUAUUCAAAUAGUAAUCAUUCCCAUUCUGCAUUAAAAAAAUUAUUUGAUGUUUUGCAGAGAAUGCAUCUGCCUUUAAAAAAGCUUUAUCUUGUGAUUAUAAACACUGAUAUCUUGAUAUUUACUACAGUAAAAGGGGACAAAAAUGAAAGGGCUUGACAAAAUCAUAUAACUUCUAAAAGAUUCUAUUGUCCUAGUACUGAACCCUAUUUCAUAAAACUUAUUGUUCAUACAACUUAUUAUUGAUAAUUGAUUUAAUCAAUGAAAUCCUUGAAUUCGAUUGACUGGGAGGAAAUUCAUCGUAUAUCUAACAAUUGGUUAUUUGACAUUCAUCAAUUUCUGUUUUUCACGCAUCAAGUGACAUUUUGUGUCCAUUUUGUACAGAAAUAAUCUGUACCGUAAAUGAGAAUGUAAUCUGAAGACGCGAAGAUCCGAUGGAAAGAAUUAAGCCAACAGAGAAUGCAGUCUCCGAUGUGACUACGUCUUUUUCUGUCGUCACCCCUUCAUUAUUGCAAGAAAUAGUGGAAACAGACACAUUAAGAGAGAAUAUCAAAAUUUUACUCUUGCUUUCCUCAAACAUCCCUUUACAAUAUAUCGUACUACAUAAAAUGAUAUUUCAUUUACAAUAAUAGAUACCCGAACCUGUUAAAAAAUGGAAUGGAGCCCAAAACCCAAAAGUGAAGGAAGAAAAACAGGUAGAAAUGAAAAGAACUAAUUUAGAUAAAAGUGCAUUUCCAAAAGAAUUCACAAUUAUCCUUCAGUUGAAAGUAUAAUCAGUAUUAUCGAAAAAAGCCCCUGGAAAUUCGUCAGCCUUAUAUUAUAAUUAUAAGCCUACAGUUUUAUUUAUAUCGCCCAGAUUUUGCUUGGUUUGUCAAGUAUAAUUAUGUUUUUAGAAAGAGUGAACGUAUAAUUAUAGCCAAUUCAAGGGCUUUUGCACUAUAAUCACAAUACAUGUUUAUUUUAUCGAGAACGUUGAUGUUUUAUUGAUUUGUAAUUUGCAUGUCAGUCCUUGAUUUUACUUCGGCCUAAUGAGACAUUUAUACACGUAUAGUGCAUAGACGAGGUCACGUUUACUCAAUAUAACAGCGUCUAUGUUCUACCAAGGAUAUAGAUGUUUAUAUUCAAUUAUCAUUCGGAUACAGAAGCACUUUCAUUUUGUCACAUAAUGAAAUAAUAAUGACUUUUUAUAUAGUGCAAAUCCCGAGCUUCUGAAUAAAUUACGUAAUUGAUUCUGAUCGCACGGGGGAGGUAAUCCUUUCAAUAAUUAUGUAGGACACAGUAGGUCACAAUGAUAUACAAAAAUGAACGGAGCUUUUGCAUGAAUCAAGGGGUGAAAUAUAGAUUAAGGGAAAGGGUCCUUUAAAAAGGUCUUGUAACAAUCACUCAGGUAAUCACGUUUCGAGUACUUUCGUAGAACACACUAUCUGACGAUAACCAAUAGUAACCAAGAGUACAUGUAAACUAAUAUAAAAAGAGUAAAUAUACAAAAUAUACGAAUAGUUUCAAUAACAAGCACUUGUACUUUUUUAAGUGGUAAAGUCUAGGGUUCAUUAAGUACGAAAAGAGUUACGUCAUGUACUCGCACAAAAUGUGAGUGUUCGUGAUUUACCGGCCUGUAAAAGAAACCCCGAAGUGUCGACCCUACCCUUCGAAGAUUAGAUAGCUUGGAUCUAAAACAUGUUACAUGAGUGAUUGUUAUAAGCCGGUCACAACGAUCUACAAAAUAAAACUACAGUGCUUUUGCAUGAGGGAUGAAUUACAGAUCAAGGGAAAUUAAAGAUCAUUCAGAAGGUGGUGAUAUCUCAUUCCGUUAACAGUGUAUACAAAAGAAAAUCUGUUUCAGUUUCAGUUUACUUUACAUAUCAAGAUGAAACUACUUUCAUUCUUAAUACCCACAUGUUUGUUGACACAAAAUCAAAUUACACAAUUGCAAUCUUAGGCUAGCCAGUAAUGAUUUAACAUAAAUACAUGUAUGUGUCAUAGGCUCUUGAUAUAAAGACGUUUGCAUCGAUUCUGUCUAA